AUGGAGGGCGUUGCUGUGAGCGGAGCCACUAGCUCCAGCAAGUACGCGGCCAAGUUGGUGACUGGCUGUGGAGGUUCCCCGUCGAGCGAGGUGCGACGCAUGAUCAGCGAAGCAAAGCUGGACAACGAGACGCUUCUCACGGUCGUUAAGAAGCUGGAGGAGCAGGUGUCGCUCCUGCGAGUACAGCUGGAAGCGGCGGCCGAGCAGGCUCGUCAGGACCUGCGUGAGGCGCGUCUUGAGGCGCGACAACGGGAGGAGCGGCUGAUCGCCGAUAACCUGCAGCUGCGGGAAGAGCUGCGAAAAGAGCGGGAGCUGCUCACGACGCUGGUGGCGCAGUCCAUCGGCCAUAACCAGCCUGUUGUGCAGCAACAGCCAGAAAGAGCCACGCUGCAGCGUGGACAUCAGCAGGACGCGCUGCAGCAACAGCAAGGUGUGGCCAGUACGUCUGGUGCGCAACGUGGAGGUCAGGCGCAACAGCGUCAGCGCAGAACAAAGCUGGACGCUAUCGAGGUUGCACCGGCGGAGGGCCAGAGCUGGGACGAGGUGUACCAGCUGGUACGAGCAGCUCCCGAGUUGCAGCGUUUCAACAGCCAGCUGGGGGUCGGACGUCGGACCAUGCGUUCGCGUCUGGUAAUGGACGUGGAGAAGGGAGCAGAUACGGCUGCGAUCCUGAAAUGCGUGCAGGAGGUGUGCGCUCGAGGAGACCAGCCAGCUGCCGCCAGACUGGUGACGCCAAUGGUGGAGGUCCGGGUCGACGCUAUUGACCCUUUAGCGAAGGAGCAGGACGUGGCGCUGGCUCUAGCCAGCCUUGCACAGUCGCCGGUGGAGGAGUCUGCCGUGCAGCUGCGAAAAGCCUGGAACGGAACGAAGGUGGCGUUCGUUCGCGUUCCGGAGAAGGCGGCGGAGCAGUUGAAGGACCGACAUAUGCAGGAGAUGGCAUCUGAGGCCAAGGAGAGCUUGAAGACCACGAAGGAGGAGGCACGCCAACGCGAAGAGCGGGCCUGGUUGGAGGUGGCUGCUCUUCGCGAGGAGCUGAAGGCGGAGCGUCAGCAGCGCCAUCAGCAGGGCAGCCAGCAGCAGAGACAGCAGCAGCAACAGGCAAUGGGUCAGCCGCAACAGCAACGUCAGCAGCAGCAGUGGCAGCUGAAAGGACAGCUGUUGCACAGCCGACUGCAGCAGCAGCAGCAGCGUCCGCAGCAGCCACAACAGCAGCGAAAGUCGCGUCGUUUGCGACAGGACUUGGUGGAGGUCGCGCCAGCGGAGGGCCAAACCUGGGACUCCGUUUAUGCGAAGAUCCGGCGUACAAUUAAGGAGGAGGCGGAAUACAAAGACUUGGUGGGCCAUAUCCUUAUUGGCCGCCGAACACACGCAGCUCUCCUGCGGAUGGAGCUGAGUCGGUCGGCAAAUUCUGCUCUGGUGCUGCGAGACGUGCAGCGAAUUGUCGGGGAUGCUGGAGUGGCCAGACUGGUCACGGAGAUGAGCGAGCUCAUCGUCUGCCACGUCGACCCGUUGGCGCAGGAGGCUGAUCUAAAGGAGGUGCUCGACAAGGAGCUGCAGGGCUGUGCUGGCAUCGCGUCCGUCAGCAUGUGGCAGCUUCAGGACGGCACAAAGCGGGCUCGCGUUCGCCUUCCGGCUAAGGUCGCCAAGCAGCUCGUGGGGCGGCGAAUGGCGCUGUGCGACUGCAUAAGCACGGCGAAGGAAGCUCCGGCCACUCCAACGGCGCGACUUCGUUGCUACCGCUGUCUGGAGCGCGGUCACGUGGCGCGCGAUUGCCGAUCAACCGUUGAUCGGCAACACGUCUGCAUUCGCUGCGGCGUCGACGGUCAUCGGGCCGGCACCUGCAGCGCAGAGUACGUGCGUCCGCUCGGCAGCCUCUUCGCAGUAAGGGUGCUGCAGCUCAAUGUGGACCACUGUCAGGCAGGGCAGGAUCUUGCGCUGCAAGCAGCGCGUGAACAUCGGGCCGACGUCCUGCUUCUGUCGGACAUGUACAGGCCGCCCUCCCACAAUGGGAACUGGGCAUACGACGGGGCGAGGAGGACUGCAGUGGUGGCCACCGGAUCACACCCAAUACAACGGGUGUGGAGCAGUGCAGUGCCCGGUCUGGUGGCUGCCCAGGUGGCUGGGGUGACUUUCAUCUGCUGCUAUGCGCCACCACGUCGUCCCACGCGCGAGUUCGAGCAGUUCCUCGAAGCCGUGGAACUCGAGACCGCUGCCCACUCCCGAGUCGUCAUUGCCGGCGACUUCAACGCCUGGCACACGGAGUGGGGCAGCGCGAGGACUGAACCGCGCGGCAUUGAGCUGUGGAACCUGGUCGAGCGGAUGGGGCUGUCAACGCUCAAUCGAGGUAACGAGCCAACGUUCAUCGGCAGAGGAGCAGCUGUGUCCAGCGUGAUUGAUGUCACCUUUGCCAGCCCGUCGAUCGUCAGGGCAGGGGCUUGGGAGGUGCUCCCAUUCCCCCGGUCCGAUCACCAGCUCAUCAGGUUCGAGGUGGAGGGACCCCAGGGUCAGUCGCAGCGGUCGUCACGGCCUGAUCCACAGGCCAGCCGGCAGCGCGCGCCAUGCGCUGGCAAGCGGUGGAAGACGAAGCAGUUUAAUGAAGCCUCUUUCCUUCACGCACUUGAAGAUGUGAACUUCGUCGAGCUGGCUGCGACUGAUGCGGGCAUGGUGUCCGCUCUUACGGAAGCGUGCGACAUCACCAUGCAGCGGGUUUCUCGGCUACACAGCGAUCCUCAUCGAGAUGUAUAUUGGUGGUCGCCUGAAGUGGAGCGUCUACGCGGGAUUUGUCUGGCUGCGCGUGAGCGGCUCAGGCACACCAUCGACCUGGAGGGGCGUAGCAUCGCGGCGGCCGAUCAUCGCACGGCGAAGCGCAACCUCGAGAAGGCGAUUCGAGCCAGCAAGCGGCAGGAGUUCGAAAGCCUCAUCAGCAUCGCCGAGGAGAACGUGUUCGGUGCGGGAUACAGGGUGGUGACGUCUCGGCUGCGUGGCAGUCGUGUGCCGCCUGAGACCGACCGUGUCGAGCUGGAACGGAUCGUCUCCGACCUGUUCCCGGUCCAUCCACCGGUCUCGUGGCCUGACGCGAACGACGACGCUGACUCGGACGGGGUCACAGUCGCUGACGUGACCUGCGACGAGCUGUUGGCCAUCGUCGCCGACAUGAGCUCGAGGAAGGCCCCUGGCCUGGACGGCAUCCCGAACGCUGCGGUUAAGGCGGCGAUCAGGAGGUAUCCGGAGGUCUUCUGCCGUGUGUACCAGGACUGCCUUACCCGCGGUACGUUUCCACCGCAGUGGAAGAGGCAGCGCCUGGUGCUGCUACCUAAGCCUGGCAAGCCUCCGGGCGAGAGCGCAUCCUACCGGCCUUUAUGCAUGCUGGACGCACUGGGCAAAGUGCUGGAGAGGCUCAUUUUGAACCGCCUCAACCUACACCUCGAGGACGUGAACUCUCCGCAGCUCUCUGGCGCCCAGUACGGCUUCCGCAAGGGGCGCUCGACGAUCAGCGCGAUCGAGCGCGUUGUCGACGCGGGCAGAAGGGCCAUGUCAUUUGGCCGCACCAACGCCGCAGACAAGCGCUGCCUGAUGGUGGUUGCGUUGGAUAUCCGCAACGCCUUCAACACGGCAAGCUGGCAGUGUAUAGCCGAGUCGUUGCGCGCCAAACGAGUUCCGUCACUGCUUGUUAACAUCAUCCGGUCAUACUUUGAGGGGCGUGAGCUGCUGUUCGACACACGGGAGGGCCCCGUCGUACGUCCCAUCUCUGCUGGGGUUCCACAGGGGUCCAUCCUGGGCCCGACCCUGUGGAACGUGAUGUAUGACGGCGUGCUCAGCGUCCCGCUGCCGCCUGGUGCCGAGAUCAUUGGCUACGCGGACGAUCUCGUUCUUCUCGCACCAGGCACAACUCCAACAUCAGCAGCAGCUACAGCGGAGGAGGCGGUGUCAGCAGUAGACCGGUGGUUGCGCGAGCACCACUUGGAGCUGGCACACGCCAAGACGGAAAUGACUAUUAUUUCCAGUCUAAAAAAACCUCCGGUUGGGAUCAGUAUCACCGUUGGCGGCGUGGUCGUCCCAUACACACGUACCCUCAAAUACUUGGGGGUGAGGCUCCAGGACCACCUCUCCUGGGUGCCACACGUGACGGCGAUCACGGAGAAGGCGACACAGGUAGCACAGGCAGUCAAUCGCCUAAUGCCGAACCACCGAGGGCCGAAGACGUCAAAGUCUCGUUUGCUGGCGGCAGUCGCAGACUCCGUCAUGCGCUACGCCGCCCCGGUCUGGCAUGGUGCUCUGAAGAAUCGCGAGUGUCGCCGGUUGCUACAACGGGUCCAGCGAUCUUCGGCGAUUCGCGUUGCGCGGGCGUUCGCGACGGUCCGGUACGAGACUGCUGUGCUGUUGGCUGGGCUCGUGCCAAUCUGCAGAGCAGUGGAGGAGGACACCCGAGUCCACAGUCGCCGAGGGACGCGCACCAGCGGCGAACUCCGGAUAGAGGAGCGGCAGCGGACCAUCGCCGAGUGGCAGUCGGCGUGGGAUGCUGAUGCCGCCGCAGAGGGAGCGAGUAGGUACGUCAGGUGGGCCCACCGCACGGUCCCGGACAUCGGAUCGUGGCAAUCGCGGAACCACGGAGAGGUGACCUUUCACCUGUCGCAGGUAUUAUCCGGUCACGGAUUUUUCCGUGAAUACCUUAGCGACAUGGGUUUCACCUCGUCCCCGGAUUGCACGUGGUGCCCUGGCGUUGCGGAAAGCGCGGAACACGCUCUGUUCACGUGCCCACGCUUCGCUGCCAUCCGGAGAGAGUUCCUGGACGGUGUCGUUCCGGAAUCGCUGGAAGGCCACAUGCUUCAGUGUCCGGAGAAUUGGAGCAAUGUGUGCGAGGCCGCCAAGCGAAUCACGCAUGCGCUGCAGCGUGAUUGGGACGAGUUCCGGACUACGCUGGCGGCCCAGGGAAUGUUGCCAGACAAUGUUCACCGUCCGGAUCCCGAGGCUGUUCGUCGGGCUCGAUACGAUCGCCGUAACGUCGCUCGAAACCGGCAACGGGCGCAGGAACGAGAGGAGCGGCGGGAUGGGCGUCCGCCAUCGCCACCCCCAUCCCCGGCGACUGAAGCUCGACGUGCGGCAGUGCGCGAGCGGGUCGCUCGUUGGCGAGCCCGACGGCGCGAGAGCCUCUUGGACAUCCCCCGUCGACUGUUCGGGGAUCAGGAGCAGUACGACACCAGCACCGAUGACGAGCAGGAGGAACGCUCGUUCCUCGGCCUUACGGCGGCUGAAGCUGCAGCUGCUGCUGAGGCAGAUACCUCGUCCCGCUAG